AUGGAGGCAACUAAAGAAGAAGAAGCUCCAACAUCAGAACAAAAUUCGAAUUCGAAUCCAAAUCGAAACCCUAAUCCUCCUCGUACGACGAAAGGAAAAUCGUGUAAGGGAUGCGCUUAUUACUCGUCUGUUCGUAAAGCCAAUUCUCAGAAUCCGGCUUGUUAUGGCUUAUCAAGAACGCUAGAGCAAGUUCCCCCAUAUGUUGUGGGAGAAACUGAGUUGGAAGCUUCUAAAGAGGGCCGCAGACUUGCAAACUUCAAGUAUGCUUGUAUUGGAUACUCUAUCUACUUAGACAACAAAGAUUCUCCACCUGACUCACAGGACAAGCAAAGAAAAUUGCCCUUUUGCGUUGGUCUUGAGGUGGUCUCAGAGGUGAAUCCUUCUACUUCACCUGCUAGCCAUGUUCCAGCUCAGGCUCGUAAACCUAACGAUCGCGAACCUGCAACCCCUCAACCGCGAAUUGGUAAACCUACAAAUACUUCGGCAGAAGAAUUCUUAAACAGGUUUCAAAAAAAUGCUACCCUAGUGGCAAACGGUGUUGUAAAAAACUUGAACAGAGUGGGUAACUACGUAAAAGAUACCCUAGAUGAGAUUCUAUAUCGGCGACCCAAAUGA